UUCAUUUCCGCCUAAAGCCGUAAACUAAAACAAGAAACUUAUCGCUCGGAGGAGACUACUCAGUUGAUAUUAGCUUUAGAGGCUAAUGUAAAGCUGAGUUUUGGUGGACUCAAAGAGCAAAAUGUGACGAAAGAUGCUGUGGAAGUAGGUGUAUUUUUGGCCUCUUGGUCUGACUUAAUGUCGGGAUGUUUUCGCCGAACAUGGAAACAAAAAGAGUCGAGAUCCCCACCGCGCUAUUGGACGACCUCUGCAGUCGCUUUAUUCUUCACAUUCCAAGCGAGGAGAGGGACAAUGCCAUCCGUGUUUGCUUCCAGAUCGAGCUGGCUCACUGGUUUUAUUUGGACUUCUGCAUGCAAAACACUCCAGGCGCCCCUCACUGUGGGAUAAGAGAUUUUGCAAAAGCUGUUUUCCAACACUGUCCCUUUCUGCUGCCUAAUGGAGAGGAUGUGCAGAAGGUUCUUGAACAGUGGAAAGAAUACAAGAUGGGUGUACCAACAUAUGGAGCUAUUAUUCUGGAUGAAUCACUUGAAAAUGUGCUGCUUGUUCAGGGUUAUCUGGCGAAAUCAGGUUGGGGCUUUCCAAAGGGUAAAGUAAAUGAAGAAGAAGCCCCUCAUGACUGUGCAGUUCGUGAAGUGAUGGAAGAGACGGGUUUUGAUAUUAAGAAUCGCAUCUGUAAAGACAUGUACAUAGAACAGAAAAUCACUGACCAGUUAGUGCGCCUUUACAUUAUACCAGGUGUUUCCAAGGACACCAAGUUUAACCCCAAAACAAGAAAAGAGAUCCGGAACAUUGAGUGGUUUCCUAUUGAGAAGCUCCCGUGUCACAGAAAUGACAUGACUCCUAAGUCCAAACUUGGACUUGCCCCAAAUAGAUUUUUUAUGGCCAUUCCAUUCAUUAGACCACUGCGAGAGCGAAUUAGUAGACUCAAAGGCGAGUCACCAGACAGUGAUGAGGAUAGUACUCCAAACAAAUUUUCAGACAGUACUCGGUCCAAGUCUCGUCGCAUGACAGGCACAGAAGUUCAUUCGGCAGACACCAAUGCCAAACACAAACAGCAGAAAAUGACAGGCCAGUAUGAUCUGUAUCAGAACCAAACUAUAAAAAGCAAUGGGAAGAAAAGUCAAGACUCGCCCUAUUUGAAGAAGGGUAGUGAAAAUGGAUUUAGCAGUGUGCAGAAGGAAGACAAACGACUUCAGCCCAGAAGAUUGCAAGACAGUUUUGAGAAAGAUAUGUCUCAGUUCAACUCCAAUGGCCAUCAAUCCUCUCCCUGUUCAGAGCAGCUUCUGUCAUCCAAUGCUUUCCUCAACUUCAAAUUUGACAAAGAGGCAAUCAUGAAGUGUUUUGAUUAUUGAUACAAACUGAGCUCUGUCUCUUGCACAUUGAGGUGUACAAAGCCUUUGUGUCAAUUUUUACCAUCCUUUUUAAGACUAUUCCUGAAUUUGCCAUGUUUAAAGUUUUAAAUGAACACGCAUUGUUUAAAGUAAUUUUCUGAAAAAAAGACCUCUAGAAUGGUAAACCUGGUCUCAAUCCUUAGGUGUUUUUAUCUUUCAUGUUUUGUGCUAAAUUUCUCACUAACGUACGAGAUAAAACAUUAUCAGAACAUUAGAUUUUAUAUAUUUGACUCAAAAUUAUUAUUUUUUUGGCCAAUAUGGUAACAAAAAUACCGUGUGUGCUGACUUUUUAGAAAAGCUUUAUUGAUGAUGAACAUUAGGAGUUUUAUUUUACAUGACAGUUACUAAUGGUGAUGUUUCAGAUGCUACUCAGACAUUAUACCAACCAUGUGCUUUUAAGAUGAAAGUUACUAAUGGUGAUGUUUAAAAUGCUGCUCAAAUAGUAUACCAACCAUGUGCUUAAAUGAUUUUAAAUUCAGAUGUGUGCUUAUCAUUUAUGCUCACAAAAUGGUGCAAUUUGAUUCUUUACACACCAAAGGUUGUUUGUCUUUCUUAAAUAAUGAAUUCAUACAUUAUUUCCACCUUAUGUGAUAACAUGAUCACAUCCACAGAAGUUUCAGCCAUUAUCUUCACAUUGGCCUACAGCCAGAUUCCUUUUUCGUUUGUUCUCAGAUUAUGUUGUGUCAGAAAAGCUGCACUGUGUAUAAACUGGGGUUGCUUUUGUUUAAUAAAUUAAUCUUUUUUCAGU